UCAGGCAAAUCGUGUGGUGGUUCAAAUGUCAAAAAGUCAUGCAUCAUAUGUUCAGUACGUGGCGUAAAAUAUUAUUUCUAAGAGAUUCUCUAAGCUUUUUAUAGAGUUUCUUUCGUAUUAUAAACGGAAGUGUGCACACUGAAUACCUUCAGCCAGAAGUUUAUGUCAAAAAACUAACCAUGUCUAAAAGAAGCCAACCUAGCUGGUCACCACCGGCUAGAACAGAGAAGAAGCCGGUUUUAAAGCUGUACAACAGCUUGACACGGCAAAAGGAAGAAUUCGUGUGCGAUAAUGGUAACCGUAUCAAUUGGUACAGCUGCGGGCCAACAGUAUACGACGCCUCCCACAUGGGCCAUGCCAGGUCAUACAUAUCUUUUGAUAUAUUGAGAAGAGUAAUGGCAAAUUAUUUUGGCUAUGACAUACUCUAUGUGAUGAAUAUUACGGACAUUGACGAUAAAAUUAUCAAAAGGGCCAGACAGCAUCAUUUGUUUGAGAAGUAUGUUGAAGAGAACAAAAGUCUGAAUUGCAUCAUAGAUGAUGCAACUUCAGUGGUAAAUUACUAUGAGACAAUAGUCAAAGAAGCCACUGACCCAGAUAAAAAAGGUGCUAUGCAGAAAACAUUAGACUGCAUCGCCUCAGCAGUCAAAACUCUGAAGGCUGCCGUAGAAAGCAAGGAUGAAGCUAAGAUAUCUACUGCGAGGGGUGAACUACUGCACUCUGCCAAGGGCCCUGUAUCAGAAUGGCUGGACAACCAGUUUGGGGCCACUGUCACUGACAAUGCUAUAUUUACCGCAUUGCCUAGGUAUUGGGAAAACGAGUUCCACAAAGACAUGAAAGCAUUAAAUGUAUUACCGCCAGAUGUAUUAACAAGAGUUAGUGAAUAUGUACCACAGAUAGUGAAAUUCAUUGAAAAGAUAAUAGAUAACGGUCUAGCAUAUGAAUCAAACGGCUCUGUGUACUUUAGUGUGAGUGAAUUUGAUAGCAAAGACAAGCAUUAUUAUGCCAGAUUAGUGCCUGAAGCUUACGGAGAUACAAAAUCGUUACAAGAAGGAGAAGGUGAUCUUACUGACGACACAAGUGAAAAGCGCUCCCCAAAUGAUUUCGCUCUAUGGAAGCGCAGUAAAGCGGGUGAACCUUCUUGGUCGUCGCCCUGGGGUGCUGGCCGGCCCGGAUGGCACAUCGAGUGCUCAGCUAUGGCGUCCGACGUGUUCGGGGACAAGUUGGAUAUUCACACGGGAGGCGUGGAUCUAAAGUUUCCACAUCAUGACAAUGAACUAGCUCAGAGUGAGGCUCAUUUUGACCAACCCGGCUGGGUGAACUAUUUCCUCCAUACUGGCCAUUUGACCAUAGCUGGCUGCAAGAUGUCGAAGUCUCUGAAGAACUUCGUGACGAUAUCGGAAGCGCUGCGUCGGCAUACCGCGAGACAGCUGAGAAUCGGCUUCUUGAUGCACGGCUGGAAGGAAACACUGGACUACUCCGACAAUACCAUGGAUAUGGCCAUUCAGACUGAGAAACUGUUCAAUGAGUUCUUCCUGACCGUGAAGGACGCACUCCGCAGCGGGUACGACGAGGGCUGCGGCGGCGUGUGGGACGCGGAAGAGCGGGCUCUCUCCAACAAACUGUCUGCUGUCAAGGAACAAGUGCACGCGGCCUUGUGUGACAACAUCGACACUCGCGCCGCUCUCGACAGUCUGCGCGAGCUGGUGGGCGCGGCGCACGUAUAUCUACGCAACACGAAGCCGCGCAGCUCGCCGCUGCUGGCCGCGGCCGCGAGAUACGUUACCGACGUGUUACAUGUGUUCGGCGCGGUGGAAGGACCUAGGGGAGGCAUUGGCUUUCCUGUUGCUGAUGGAGGCAAUGUUGAUCUGGAACAAACAGUGAUGCCGUAUCUAGAAGCUCUGAGUACGUUCCGCGGUCGCGUGCGUGACGCGGCGCGCGCUGCGCAGGCUCCGGCCGUGCUGACGCUGUGUGACCUGCUCAGAGACCGAGACCUGCCUGAGCUGGGGGUGCGUCUCGAAGAUAAACCUGAUCGCACAGUAGUGAAAUUAGUGAGUAAAGAAGAAAUCAUGAAGGAACGAGAAGAGAAGGCGCGUUUAGAAGCGGAGAAGCAGAGGAAAAAGCAAGAGUUGCUCGAAGCGCAGCGCGCUAAGGAAGAGCUUAAGAAGAUACCUCCGGGAGAAAUGUUCAAACGGGAGGCAGAUAAAUACUCCAAGUUUGACGAUAAGGGUCUUCCAACUCACGACCAUGAAGGCAAAGAGCUCAGCAAAGGCCUGGUGAAGAAACUGCAGAAACUGCAACAAGCUCAGGAGAAGAAAUACAACGAGUACUUAGCAUCCGUCAACACUUGCUGACGACGUUCUAUUGUCGCCCUUAUCUUAACGCAAUAAGGUCCGUAUUACAAUACACAACAUCUUGCUUGAAGUAUUGACUUUUGGCAUUCGAUUAGUAGAAUGUAAUAAUAGCAAAGUUUGUAAUAAUUGUAAAGCUUUUGUAGUACGGGCCCUAAACUCGCUUAAUCUAAAAUAAAUGUACAGUCGUGGUCAUAAAUUGGUAUAUCCAUCUUACUGAACAGUUUACAUAUGCUUGUAAUGUUUACCGACUAAUCAUAGUUUUAUAUAAUAGUAUUAAAUUAGUUAAAUCUCAAAAGAACACACAAAUGUUGAUGCCUUGGUGUACAUAAUUGAUAGGAUAAAAAAUACCUAAUUAUUGUAAUUAUAAAGGCAUGAGAGUUAGUUGUUGGUGUGAAAGUCUUUAAAUUAUUUUGAUGGUGGUUUUAUAUUUAAGCGAAAUUGGAAUUUAUCAACGACGUCGACACUGUUGAAUUGUGCUUUAACCUUUUCACCGCCACGCCAUAUCGGUAUUCCUAUGCCCUGUACGCCAAGCCCGAAAAUCUUAAUUAAAUAUCUACUAAAAAAUACAUAAAAGUAAUGAUUUAAUAGGUUUAUUUUGUAUUUUUCUGCGACCUGUUUUUUGUCGAGUAUAGCCGUCGUUGGCGCACAGGGCACGCUUGCUCAUGUCGGCUAUAGCCGACAUUGGCGUUCAAAAGGUUAAAGCAUAUUGUGUUCUGUCUUUCAUAGUCUUCAAUGUAUUAUGUUUUAUUUAUUCGGAUUACUUGUAAAAAUAUCUUUCGUAAUCGUGGAAUUGAGUACCUACAUUCCGUAAGCGUUUUAAAAUUUUAUAUAAUCAUGUUCAUUUGCUUUGGAUGCUUUACAUAAGUUUAAAUUGUCAUUGUGUCUUCUAUGCAUUGAAUUUGCAUUUAUCAUUAAAAAUCUGCUCAGUUACUUCUAUUUUAUUCAUAAAUAAAAUAACAUAUUAGAUUCCUAAUUGUUUACAUAUGGUUAAAUUAAAUAUUGUGGUUUACAAUCUUAAUGGCAAUAAUUGACUUAGUUAUAUGAGUGGUCAAAACUCACAACUGCAAAAGUGUUUCAUUGAAAGUAAUAUUAUUUCAGUAUUAAGAAUUACUAACCCAUCAUUUAUAUUUAUUAUUGUCAUUUUAAUGUAACUCGCAUUUAAUGAGCACAAUAAAAGGUUUUCAGAAUUUUUCAAA